CACGCACUCAAUGAUAUGCAUCGGGAAAAGUGCGGUCAAGUGCCCGGACUCUGUCCACAAAUGGCUGACAUCGACGGCUCAGAACUUAAGAAGUUUGUCGAAAAAGUCAAUUUCAAAGACGAAAGCGGCAAAACAUUUCGUUUCCUGCCUUCGGGUGACGCACCGCCUCGUUAUAGUGUUAUGAACUUUCAACGCCUCCCUAAUGGCUCGUUUGAAUGGAGACCAGUCGGCACUUAUAUGCUGGCCAAUGACGGCGAUGUGGCGCGACUGGAGCUGGACAUACAGACUAUGCGUUUCAAACAGUCUCAGCCACAGUUCCCCCGAUCCUUUUGCAGCGAGGAGUGUAAGCCGGGUCAGGCCAAGCUUCAGCUCGAGGGCGACACAUGCUGUUGGCUCUGCACCAACUGUUCCGCCUAUCAGUACUUAUCGGAUCAGUUUCAUUGUCAGGAUUGUCCAUUAGUGUAA